AUGGAUGAAUACCCAACGCACUUAUGUUUCACGGAUCUGAAUCUCGACGUGAAUGAGAUUCGUAUUGAUGCCACCGGUAUAUCGAGAAUCGUCAGCGUGAAUCCAGAUGAUACUACUAGGCCAUUUACCCCAUCAUACAUAGGUAUGAGACCUUCAAUCUUCGACAAAAGCCUUAUCUCAGAGGUAGAAAAGAGGCCCUGCUUAUAUAAACCCAUCCUGUUAAUUGCUGAGAGAUCAGUCUCAAAGCGUGAAGAGAUUUGGAGACAGAUCACAGAAUCGAGCCCAGGUUCUUUCUCUGUCGAUGAGGUCCACGCUCGCUGGAUCUAUCUGAGGACAAUUUAUCUACGGAACAGAGGGCACAUGAAUACUCCAAUUGGCACAGGAUCUGGGGUAGAGGCCAAGAGUUCUCAGUUUUGUUAUUAUGAUUCAAUGAAGUUUCUGGAUGACUUUGAGGAAAAAGCAGUGACUGUGGAGGCUGAGAGAGAAUUUCCAUCAACUGCUGGGCAGAAACGGAAGAUUUGCUUUGGGGACAGCAGGAAAAUCAAAAGAGCCAAAUGGGAAGUGUGCCCAGCUGGAGCAUCUUCCCCCAAACCCACAGGAUCAUCAGUAAAAACUGACAAUGUCGAUGCAUUCCUCGCUCACCUGAGGGAUGAAAUGCUGAAGGUAUCACCAGCCGACAGGGCUGAAGCCCAAUUUGCUAUAAUAUCCUUGAUUAAUUCGACGAAUUCUGGACAGCAUUAA